CGCAGAGUUAUGUGACGGUGUGAGUGAGGUAAACAUCCUCCCACUAACGCUUUUUCAAAUUUGUGAGGGAAAGUGAGUCCGUGCGGAGCGCGAGCGCGUCCCACAAUGCACUCGCCGCUCAGCGGGAAACCAAAAUGGCGAGAGCGAGUGAGCCAAACCAGCCGUUUACCGUAGUGUAAAACACUUAAUACGUUAGAUUCAUCUUGCAAAAGCAGCACCAUCUCGAUUUACAGCGGAGCGCCUGCUGACCGUUUAUGGUGUAGUUCUUUGUGUUUGUGAGGCAUUGUAUCCCGGGAAAGUGGCCGAAUGAGAGACUCAGCAAGUGCAGAUAACCUGGCUGCCCAUCAAAAGUCAACUCCAAAUCGCCAACACAAGUCACCGGUGCCCUUGUCACAAUUUCCCCUGAAAGAUGGGCUGACUGACACGGCCAAACUCGCCAGCAAGUUUGAAGAAGGGCAGGACGUCCUGGCCCGAUGGUCAGAUGGCCUCUUUUACCUGGGAACUAUCUCCAAGAUAGAUAAACAUAAGCAUCGCUGCUUUGUGAUUUUUGAAGAUCAGUCUAAAUCCUGGGUUCUGUGGAAGGACAUUCAGACAGUUGACAGACCUCAGAGUCUCCAGGCUUACACAAACCGUAAGUCCCACAUCGAGCCAGGAGACAAGAAUAGGGAAGGGGACAGUGGAGGGGAAAUGCUCUGCUCUAUAUGCCAGAAUGAAAGCUCCGAGCCCCCCAAUGAAAUGGUUAUCUGUGACAAAUGUGGACAAGGAUACCAUCAGCUAUGCCAUGCUCCCAUAAUCGACUCCAGUGUUAUUGCCUCUGAUGACAAAUGGCUGUGCAGACAGUGCGUGUUUGCUACAACAACAAAGAGAGGCGGUGCACUGAAGAAAGGGCCAAAUGCCAAAGCCCUACAGGAAAUGAAGCAGUCUCUGCCAUACGCCCUUGAAGAUUUAGUGUGGGACCAGGGCCACAAGACCAACAUCCAGCAAUGUUACUGCUACUGUGGAGGGCCUGGCGACUGGUAUCUGAAGAUGUUGCAGUGUAAUAAGUGUAAACAGUGGUUUCAUGAAGCCUGCAUCCAGUGUUUUCAGAAGCCCAUGCUCUUUGGAGACAGGUUCUAUCUAUUUAUUUGUUCUGUUUGUAAUAGUGGACCAGAGUACCUCAAACGUUUGCCUCUGAGAUGGGAAGAUGUUGCACACCUCAGCCUCUAUAACCUGAGUGUAAUUCAUAAAAAGAAAUACUUUGACUCGGAGCUCGAACUGAUGACUUACAUCAAUGAAAACUGGGACAGGCUUCAGCUUGGCGAGCUUGCAGAUACCCCAAGAGCAGAACGAUAUGAAUGUAUUCUGGAAGCACUUAACAGCAACCUUAACAUGUUCAUGUCAGGGAAAGAGAUAAAAAAGAAGAAACAUCUGUUUGGAUUACGAAUUCGCUUCCCACCAGCCCCCCAGAAUUCCGAGCUCCUGUCAGGUCGAGAGCCGGAGAAAGCCUCCCAUGAGAUCAAAAUUAAAGGCAGGAAGUCCACCAAACCCCCUCAUUCAUCCAGCACUGUUACUAAUGGAGUGAAGAAAGGAAAGAGGAAGCAUCACACACACUCCUUAGAGACGUUGGCCAAACUGAGAAGAUCAAGUGAACUUUUGGCACAGAAUGAUGGGAAGUUUCCAACUCUAGACAACAACUCACUGGACCUGAUGGCUUCAAAAAGUGCUAAAAGUGAAAAAUCUUUGCCUUCAUCAAGUACCUCAGAUGUUGAAUCCGUUGGUGCCACCAGCACCAGUGAAACUACCUCAACCACCCUCUCAAGGCAGUCCAGAAGAGACUUCUUUCAAAAACAAAAUUUUACUGACCUCAAACUUUUAAAUGUUUGGGCAGUCCGAGUGGACCACGUACUGGAUGCUUAUGGCCCACUGUCACGCAGCCGCCGAUUAAGAGACGCCGGGGACGUCCACGACGAGCACUGCAGCCCCCAAAUCCAGAGAUUCCGCCACCCUGCAACCCAGAGCUGCAACCCAGCAACAAUAUUCCUGAGCCCAGCCCCCUCCCCUCCUGCCUCUACAGCGGCAUGGACAUCAUGCAGGGCCUGGACCCCAACACCCAGCUCAACCACCUCAAGAGUUCCAUCAGCACUUACUUCGGAGCUGCAGGACGCCUGGCCUGUGGGGAGAAGUACCGUGUGCUCGCUCGCCGUGUCACUAACGAUGGCAAAGUACAGUACUUGGUGGAAUGGGAGGGCGUCACUGCCUCCUGAGCUUCAUAUGGGUCUAAUGUACUUCAUUUCUUGACAAUAAAUAUGUAACCCAUAAGGAGAGAAGAGCAGCGAUUGUGCCCAAAUGUAUGUGGUUGACUGAGAUAGUUGAGGGGCCUCAGGACUAUAAUGAAGAGACAGGACUUUGUAAAGUUUUGUGUAUAUGACCUGUCUCUGUGGAAAUUGAAACGUACUGCCUUCACAUGGACUGGAUUUACACAUUGAAGGUGGCUGUAGUUUCAGGUUUAGGACAUAAUCAAUUCACUACUAUGUGAAUAUAACCCAAGUCCUUGCUUUUUUUUUCUCUAAUGUGGAGGUGCCUUAAGGGGUUGUGAAACAGAUACUAUAUAUGCUGCUGGAGACAGAGGAUUUUUUUCUCAUUUUCAACAUUUUCUCAGCUCGAAUUGCCAAGAGAAGAGAGCGCUAUUGUCAAUGGGGCACUUUUAUUUACAUUUCAACUGAUUGCACACAAGCUCUCAUCCUGUACAUCCAGUAUUGCAUCAUCUGUUUAAACAGCCUAGCUCGUGAAUUUGAUUAUAAAAUGAGAUUAUGAUGUUAAAAAAACAAUGGAAAAUGGUUCAUUCUUCUCCUGCCACAAAACAAAAUUAAAAUAUGUGAGUAGCAUUAAUAUUUACAUAAAAUCUUGUGACAUUCCACAUUCCCAGAAGGUUAAUCAAAGAGUUUUUUUGUUUAGAAUUUUGUCUCUUGGUUUUUUUUUGUUGUUUUUUUAAAUAUAUAUAUAUAUAUAU